UUUUGAAAUUACGCGAAACAAAUCCAAACUAUGAAUAUCAAAAAACAGUAAAUGAUUUUGUCUCUGAUCCUGAAACUCAUGAUGCAAUAAUUGAAAAUUGGAUUGAAGAGUAUGGUAAAAAUAUAAAAGAUUCUUUAGAUAAAGAUAAUUAUUUUUCUGAAAUACAUAUUUCUGAUAAUCCUUCAUUAAUGGAAAAUGAAAUUAAAAGAUUAAAUACUGUUGUUAAAAAUCAUGAAAAUAGAAUUCAAAAUCUUGAAGAAUGGGUUCAAUCUUUAGAAAAAGAUAAUACUGUAGUAAAAAAUAAUCUUUUACAACAAAAAUUGCUUUUAAAUCAAUUGGAUUUUCUUUUAUCAUCAUA